UUCGUUUUUGUGGCCGUCACUUCCACUCUCCAACUAUUUUUUCCCUCAAGAUCUAAUAACUGCAUUUCACUGUAAAGAAGAUUGAGAAGCUGGAUUACAAAAUCGAUCUGAAAUCUUUGUCAAGAAGGGGGGAAAAGAGUGAAACCUAUUGUUCGAGACGAUUUAUACGUGUCCAUGAGAUUUGUGUUUGAAAUUUCUCCGAUUUUUACAUUUUUCUGCCGCUCACAAAUACCCAGAAAAGUCCAAAUCGGUAUCAGAUUGCAGUGCAUCAAAAAUAAGCCUUGAAUCGCCUCCAGCAUCGUGCCUCUCUGUAAUUUCGUCCUCUUAAAGUUAAGAGGUAUUGCGCUCAAUCUCCGGCAGCGCCACCAACUUCUCUGUUCUGUAUCACGUUUUUGCCGUUUUAAGCUAUUCUCCAUUUGCUUUACAUAAAGUUACCCAAACGGUCCUCCAUAUGUAUGGCCGACGCCAAAGAUUCCUUCAUGCUCGACGCUAAAUCUCCGAAGCCAUCACUCCCCCCUUCAACUCCUCAAUCUCUGUCUCAUUACCAGCAUUUUCUCAUGGCUCACGAGAUCCUUCGAAUCUUAGCCUUUCUGCUUUCCGCAGCUUCAAUUGCAGUCAUGGUCACCAAUAGCCAAACUGUUACCAUCUUCUCGUUCCAGUUCGAAGCCCAUUACUAUUACUCCUCUUCUCUGAAAUUCUUCGUAGCUGCAAAUGCUAUAGUCUGUGGCUUCUCUCUGCUCACACUCAUCAUAGGUCUCCUUCUGCUGAGACGUCCAGGAUCGUUGCAACGCCCUUACUCCUUCUUUUCCCUCAUCUUGCACGACAUAGUUAUGACGGUGCUGAUUAUAUCAGCAUGUGCGGCGGCAACUGCGGUAGGAUACGUGGGUCAGUAUGGAGAAUCGCAUGUGGGAUGGCUGGCCAUCUGUGACCGAGUGCCAAAGUUCUGCAAAAGAAACAUGGUCUCCCUCUUUCUCUCUUAUCUGACUUUCUUUGCCUAUUUGGGACUUACUAUUUUAAUGGCUUACAAGCUCAUGUCUUCUCCUCCCAAGAGCUAGAUUCAGAGCAUGGAUAGAUUAUACAGCCUUUCCUAGUUACUUGUGUCCUGCAGAAAUUUAGAGUUUUCCCCCUUGUGUCUGUCCCGGUUAUAUGGUAGCCAUGUUAAUGCUUGGUGACUAUGGAUAGGAUUCAAUAACUGUUGUAAAGAAACAGAUAUCAUCAUAUAUCAACGACUUCAACCUUCAUUAAUUACAUGGCAUUAACUUGGCCUUA